UAUUAUUUUUAGAUAUUAUUUUGCUGCCGGAUAACAGCCCUUGUCCAGACUAUAAGCCGUCAGCGUCCUCUUCCUGAAACGUGGCAAAGACCCGGACUCUCCCUUUCAAAACGUGCCGAACCCGGUCCGAGAUCGGAAGCGCCGGCGGAACCGGUCCGGUCCUUUAUAUUCGGCUUUAUAUGGAGUGUUCUUCCUCAUUUUUUGGGAGGGACUCGUUUUUUUCCCUCGUUGGCUUUAAGGGAGAUUAAGGAGUUCUCUUGGGGCGCUGACGGACUGAACGCGCAGUUUCUCCUCGCGUUCAGCGGGAUGGCGCCGCGCCGCAGACGGGACGGGGACAGCGGGAUUAAGGGCAAUGGGGCGGUGGCGCUGCUCCUGCUCGUUAUUUGCGCCGUUUCCCGCAGCACAGAUGCCCAGGAGCAGAGGGCCCCCGUGCCAGGAAAGCUUCUUGUCGUCACGGUGGCCACGGAGGAGACGGAUGGCUUCAAGAGGUUCUUGCGGACCGCCAGGGAGUUCAACUACACCGUCAAGGUGCUCGGUUUUGGGGAGGACUGGAAGGGGAAGCCAGGCGGGAGCCACAGGGUCCGCUGGCUGAAGAAGGAGCUGCAGAAGUACAAAGAGCAUCCGGAGCUGGUCAUCCUUUUCGUGGACAGCUAUGAUGUCAUCUUCGCCAGCGGCCCCCGCGAGCUCCUCUGGAGGUUCUCCAGAAUGCGCCACCGCGUGGUCUUCUCAGCUGAUGCUUUCUGCUGGCCCGACCAAAAGCUGGUGACCCAGUACCCGCCUGUCAAGACGGGCCUGCGCUUCCUCAACUCUGGGGGAUUCAUAGGCCACGUCCAGGAGCUAAUCGCCAUUGUCCAGCAGUGGAAGAGAAAGGACAAUGAAGAUGACCAGAUGUUCUACACUAAGAUCUACCUGGAUGAGGUGCAGAGGAAAAGCCUAAACAUCACUCUGGACCAUGGCUCCUACAUCUUCCAGAACCUCAACGGCGCCCUCGAGGAAGUGGUGAUGAAGUUUGAAAAGGGGCGGGUCCGAAUCAGGAACGUGGCCUAUGACACACUUCCCGUCAUCGUCCAUGGCAACGGCCCCACCAAGCUACAGCUUAAUUACCUGGGCAAUUACAUACCGACGGCCUGGACCCACGAGCACGGCUGCGGAAUCUGCGACGACGACCUUCUGUACCUUGGCGACGUGCCGGACGAGGAGCUGCCCAUCGUGCAGGUGGGCGUGUUCAUCGAGCAGCCCACCCCCUUUCUGGAUGAAUUCCUGGAUAGGCUGGCCACCCAGAGCUACCCUGCCCGCCGGCUCCGGCUCUUCAUCCACAACAACGUUGUCCAUCACGAGCCUCACAUGCAGCGAUUCUGGCAGCAGCACCGGCACCUGUUCCCUGAGGCCCGGAUCGUGGGGCCCGAGGAAAAUCUACAGCAUGGCCGGGCCAGAACCAUGGCCAUGGACUUGUGCCGCCAGGAUCCCAUGUGUGCCUAUUACUUCAGCCUCGACGCCGACGUGGCGUUGGUGAACCCGGAUGCCCUGCGGAUCCUAAUCGAAGAGAAUAAACCGAUCAUUGCCCCCAUGCUGUCCCGGCACGGGAAGCUGUGGUCCAACUUCUGGGGAGCCCUGAGCAAGGAGGGCUACUACGCGCGCUCGGAGGACUACAUCGACAUCGUCCAGGGCAAGCGCCUCGGUGUGUGGAACGUCCCCUACAUCAGUCAGGUGUACCUGAUCCGAGGAAAUACCCUGAGAUCCCGACUGAAGGAGAUCAGCCUGUACUCACAGAAGGAUCAGGAUAUCGAUAUGGCCUUCUGCAGGGCGGUGAGGGAGCAGGGUGUCUUCAUGUUUGUUUCAAACCGUGACAGCUUUGGCCGCCUCAUCUCCAGCGCCAGCUACAACAGCAGCCUCCUCCACCCCGACAUGUGGCAGAUGUUCGACAAUCCCAUGGACUGGGAGGAAAAAUAUAUCCAUGAAAACUACUCUGAAAUCUUAGAGGAUGGAAGCAGUAUUGUGGAAGAGCCGUGCCCAGAUGUGUACUGGUUUCCAGUCUUCUCCAGCAAGCUGUGCGACGAGCUGGUGGAGACCAUGGAGAGCUUCAGCCAGUGGUCGCGAGAAGGCCACAAGGUAAAGAGCUGGCGGGGGGGUCAUGAGAAGGUGCCCACGGCGGGCAUCCAUAUGAACCAGAUCGGCUUCGAGAAGCAGUGGCUCUACUUCCUUCAGAAGUACAUCGCCCCGGUUGUGGAGAAGAUCUACCCUGGCUACUACACCAGGGCACGGGCCGUGAUGAACUUUGUGGUCCGGUACCGGCCAGAUGAGCAGCCGUCUCUGCAGCCAUACCAAGACUCCUCCACGUUCAUCAUCAACAUCGCGCUCAACAGUGAGGGGGUGGACUAUCAGGGGGGCGGCUGUCGCUUCCUGCGGUAUGACUGCAGGGUGGAGGCCCCCAGCAAGGGCUGGUCCUUGAUACAUCCAGGCCGCCUGACACACUACCCCGAAGGGCUGCCCACCACCCAGGGCACGCGGUACAUCAUGAUGUCGUUCAUCGACCCCUAGGUCUUAGGGGAUUCUGUAUGUGGAGGGGGGGGGAGUCUGGAGCAGGUUCCAGACUCAGGUGAGGAGUUUGAGGGUCUGGCCUUCUGAACAGAGACUCUGUGGUACGGUUUACACUGUCGGUUUUAACGGUACACAGACUCGAGGGUUGAAGUGGAUGUGCGAAUGGAAAAUAGCACCAAGUUUCAUGGCUGUGAAUAAUUUACAGACCAGAUCACUGUCUUACCGGUAAAAGUCAGAUGACGUUUUCUGUCCAAACUGCGAUUUUAAUUGAACAGCUGUACCCAGCAGCCUGCACUUCCUGAAGACGACCAUUGUGCUGUGUGUCGCCUCAGGGAGAGUGAGGGAACAUUAAAAUCAGCAGCAACCCCCAUUUUUCAUGUUUAAAUUAUCCAAACACCUGUACCUAAUAAGGUAGUUUUUAAUUUCCCAACACGUAAUCAAGACCAUUCCAACUGCUUCGGAGUUCUGUACACGUUUCAUCUCUUUGUAUUUUCGAAAUUCGCUGCCUGCAUGUGCCGUGUCCCAUGUGCAGUAUUGUACAGCAGGUGUUCAAUUUGUUUUUAACACUUGGGUGGGUUAAAUAAAAGCUUCUUUAAACUGUG